CAAACAUUGAAUUUAUCAGGUUGUAAAGAUCUUUCUGUUUUGCCAAGAGAGAUGCGAAAACUCAUUAACUUACGUUAUCUUGAUAUUAGUGGAACUGCCAUAAAAGAGAUGCCAAUGCAGUUGGGUAGACUAAAAUGUCUACAAACAUUAACUAAAUUUAUCGUUAGUAAAGAUAAUGGGGCAUCCAUUGAAGAGUUGGGGAAUUUUGCAAAUCUUCGAGGCAAGAUUUCUAUUUUAGGGCUCCAAAACAUUGUAUCUCCUACGAAUGCUCUAAAAGCAUGCUUGAAAGAUCGGAAGUACCUUGAGGAGUUGGUGUUGGAAUGGAAUGCAUUGGAUGCUAAUAUUUCAGAAUGUCAAAUAUUUGUACUUGAUAAUCUUCGGCCCCAUAGUAACUUGAAAAGUCUCACUAUCAAAAACUAUGGCGCUGAAAGUCUUCCAGAUUGGGUUGGGCAUCAUUCAUUCUCUAAUAUAGUGUCCCUUCGCCUAAAAAAUUGCAAACAUUGUCAUAACUUGCCACCGCUUGGGCGGCUACCCUCUUUGCAGAACCUCUGUGUUGUUGGGUUUGAAAGAGUUGUUAAUGUGGAUCAUGAGUUUUAUGGCAACGAUUCUUCAACGGUUAAACCAUUUGGAUCCCUGAAAAUUCUAAGGUUCAAGCGAAUGUUGAAUUGGGCGGAAUGGUCUUCUUUUGGUGCCGAAAAUGAAGAUGUAGCUUUUCCUCAACUUGAAGAGCUUUAUAUUUAUAGUUGUCCUGAGUUGAAAGGAGGGCUACCCGUCCACCUUCCUUCUUUAGUGAAAUUUGAGAUUCAUGAAUGUCCUCAGUUGGUAGCUUCACUCCCAAGGGCUCCUAUUGUACGCGAAUUGAAGCUAAGAGAUUGUAACGAGGUUCUGUUAAAGGAAUUGCCAAAUAAAUUGCGAAAGCUCGUAAUUGGAGGAUUUGACGCACUAGAGUCCCUUCCCAAUGGAAUGGUGGCCUCCAACAACUGUGUUCAAGAGUUAGAAAUCAAGGAAUGUACGAAGUUAGAGCUCCCAACACACUCACACUUUCUAUCCCUUGAAACAUUGUCGUUAAGCGGUUGUGAUUCCCUCAAGUCAUUUCCGUUAGAUUUAUUCCAAAAGCUUUAUAAUAUCAGUAUUUGGGGGUGUAAGAAUCUUGAAUCUUUUACAGUUUCUGAACAACAUGGACGUGAUUUAGUGACCUUGUGUAUUUACAUCAGCAAUUGCCCCAAUUUGGUAUCUUUUCCAAAAGGAGGAAUUCGAGCCCCCGACCUUUCAACCUUUACAAUCUUCAAUUGUGAGAGUCUGAGGUCACUGCCAGAGAAGAUGCAUGUACUCCUUCCUUCUCUUAAUCAUUUUAAUAUAAGUGGUUGUCCAAGAAUUGAGUCGUUUCCCCAAGGGGGCUUGCCUUCCAAUGUUAAAUAUAUGGAUGUAGAAGAAUGUGAUAAACUCUUUGCCAGAAGGGCGGGAUGGGGUUUGCAAAAACUCCAUUCUCUUAGAUAUUUUUCAGUCGGUGGAAAAUAUGAAGACGUGGAGUCCUUUCCAGAGCCAGGGUUGCUGCCUUCUUGUCUGACUCAACUUCGUAUCCGUUGGUUUCAAAAUAUGAAAUCUUUGGACAAGAAAGGACUUCCACACCUUACCUCUCUUCAACAAUUAUCGAUAUGGGGCUGCCCUAAGCUUGAGUACAUUCCAAAAGAGGGGUUGCCUACCUCCCUUUCUAUAAUAGAGAUCAGAAGAUGCCCUUUGUUGAGGAAACGAUGGCAAAGCAAGAAAGGAAAAGAACGGCGAAAGAUUCCGAACGUUGCUCACAUAUUGAUUGAUUUUGAAGAAUUUAUUGAAUGAGCCAAAAGCCUCGCAAGAGUCCUAUUUUUUGUCAUAAUACCUGCACAUCAUCUCGAAAGCGGCAACAACAUUUUUACUUAGGUUCAUCUUCCAUUUGAAAAAGUUGUAGCAAAGCAAGAAAGUAAAAGAACUACGAAAGAUUCCUAACAUCGAUCACAUACUGAUUGACGGUUGUUAAUUUGUGAUUGGUUGCAUUCUGUUGGACAAAAUCACUUCUAUGUAAUGAUGCUUAUUAUAUAGGGAUGCUAUUUUAUUCAGAGUCUACACUUCAGUUUCGAGCUUCAAGAGGACUCUAUGCAGAAUUUAAAAAAGUUAGUUCAGUUCCCUUACAUCUGUCUGGACGACGUGAUAUUCCAUUCGGACGCUCGACUGUCCAAGCAUCAUCCGUCCGGACGACAAGAACUUUUAGUCCGAACCUUCCUCUGUGUCGAAAAGCUUCAAACUGUUUUAAGUUGCAUCCGUUCGGAUGUCUCAGCAACACGUCUGGACACCGUUCAGUGUUCGACCUACUAUGGGAUUUCUUUAAAAAACACAGAUAUGGGAAGAUAGCUGCAACCGUCAGGACGAUGUGUGUUCCCGUCCGGACGCUAUCCUUCAUAAGGCAAGUCAUGCAUACAAAGUUCAACCGUCCGGACGUUAGUCUUCAUGGUCCGGACACUCAAGCUUCAUAUAUGGAAAUUGCAUGCAUCAGUUCAAUCGUCUGGAAGUUAGCUUUCAUGGUUUGGAUGCUCCAAGCCUUUAUAUGGAAAUUGCGUGCAGCUAAAGUGCAACCGUCUAGACGCUAGGGCACCACCGUUCAAACGCGGCCCUAUUCAGGAAAGAAAAUCGUGCGAAUUUGGAAAGCCGGUUGCAUAGUUGUUGAUCUGGAUGCCUUAUGUCUACCGUUCGGACGGCGCCUAGGAAGACCUAAUCAGACGCGAUUUAGGUCUUCUGUAACGUAUAAAUAGAGGCCUCUAGGCAUGUUGAUUGUAAGAAUUCGGUAUUGAAUUUCGUAGAAGCUUAGAGUGUUUAUUGUAAGAGUUAUUGUGCUGAAGCGUCCUCUCUCAAGCCAUUGCCAAGGGUUGUUGCUGUACUGAACUGAAGUCUAUCUUAGGGGUUGGCCCAAAGGUAAAGGAUUCCAUUGAAGACCCCUUCAAGCAGGUGACUUGGUUGGGAAGCGUUCGUGUCGGGUUACACGUCAGAGUG